GGAAUAGACGGACUGUUUAUAAAUUCUUUCCGCGGUGAUGAUGAAACAUCUUUGCGCUUACUUUUAAUCAUUCGUCAGCAAAAAAUUAUUAUUGUUGGACUGUUGCAGUUUCCACAAUUUAUUUCUUUGUCUCACACGCUGCGCUGGCACAAUUAAAAUGUAGACAGUGACGUUCGCGAAGGAAAAUUGCCGUAAUACAUUUAUUACUCUAAAUCGAAAUUUUAUUCAGUAUGCGUCCAAGUACGUUGGAAUAGUAAACGUUAAAAUGGUCAUUGUGUUUAUGUUUCGCGUGAUCUAAGCGCUAAAUGGAUAUGUAGAGAGCAUUUUCAUUUUCCAAGUUUCAAAUCUCGUUUUAAUUGUUAAGCAACAAAACAAAAAUUACAAAUAAAACAAACGAAGAAUGACAGUGUGCUACAUAGUCGGGGCUUUUUUGGUCGCGGUUGUUGUGCUUUAUGGACUUUUAGAACUGCAUUAUUUUUUGCGGACGUUCCUCAGCGUCCUUUUGGCGCGAUUUUGUAAAAAGAAAGUUCAUAUUUUACAAGAAACUGUCGUCAAAGGUAUUUGUUUGACUUCUGAUAUAGAUACUUUUCUAUAUCAUAUGAAUAAUGCCAGGUUUAUGAGAGAAUUGGACUUUGCACGGGCAGAUUUUUACGAAAGGACUGGACUGUUUCGCACAAUCAAAGCUAAAGGGGGUAGCAUUGCCAUUUGUGCUACCACCAUUCGAUAUAGGAGAUUUCUAAAGCUUUUUAGUCGCUAUUUUAUUACUUCUAAGCUUUUGUAUUGGGACAACAAAAGCUUCUAUUUGCAGUACAAAUUUAUAACGAAAGGAGGUUUAAUCAAUGCGUUUGUUAUUCAAGAAGUGAAAAUGAUAAACUGCACCUGUGAAAGUAUUUUGGAAUCAAUUUCACAACGGAUUAAACAAACCGUUAAGAAACCCGAACCCCCUGAAUUUUUGGUGAAAUGGAUAGAAGGAAAUUCAAAUUUACAAGACGAUAAAAGUGCAAGCAUUACAACUAUUACCACAAUGUAAAAUUGAAAGUUUGCCAGUACUUUUUCACCUAAAAUAAAGUUAUAAUAUUUUAACAAUAUUAUUGUAUAAAUAGACUAUAAGAAUGUGAUGUUAAUAAAGUACAACUGCGUUAUUUAUUUUAUACCCUAAAUGCCUAAAUGUUACUUGAAAUUCUAGCCAAAAUCGAUUUUGUAGGGCAAUGAAAAUAGCAGAGAUAAGGUCAAGGUCAACAGAGAAUCGAAGAUUGUAAAAAUAUGAAUUUACAUAUCUUCCAUAAGACUAGCUGUUUAAAUUAAUUAUUCAUUAAGC